GCUCAGAAUUUAUUCUGACUCCAAUUUUAAGUGAUCGUCAAAUUUAGACUGUAUUUCUGCUUGUAAGAAUGGAUCACAUUCAUCAUUUAUGACUCAAUUUAGAGUUUUUAUCUGUAUCUGUUCCUAUACUCUUCAGUUAUGCGUUCAUUAGAGACCAAACGCCACUCAGAGUUUUACGCCCCUGGUUUGCCUGUCUUCUCACUGACAGUAUGUCGACACUCUAAAGUUAGUCAGAGGAUGUAGGGUUAGCUAAUACUUAAAUAGUCUGGUUGCCAACUGCUUACUCAUCCUAAAAAGUAGUAGAUUUAGCCACCUCCAUACAACUUGCUAAUUUCAGCGAUUAGAUCUCCAUGCUGUCAUGUCAAAACGACUCUGUACAGUCAAAUAUGUCUUUAGAAUCGAAAGUCUAUGCUAAUCAUAAAGGUAGCCCAGUCCAUCUAUCAGCCUAAUGAUGAAACUAACAGCACGGUUGAAGGUUAAAUGCAUGUGAGCCAUUUCUAGUGCUUCUUAAAAAAAUGUGUUAUUUAUUAGAAUUUAUUUAUAUUUGUUUUUUAGCUCAGAAUUUAAUCUGACUCCAAUUUUUAGUGACUGUCAAAUUUAGACAGUAUUUAUAUUUGUAAGAAUGGAUCACAUUCAUCAUUUAUGACUUAGUUUAGAGUUUUGAUCUAUAUAUGUUCCAAUACUCUUCUGUUUUAAGUUUACUAGGGACCAAAGGCAACGCAGAGCUUCACGUCCCGGGUUUGCGUGUCUUCUCACUGACAGUAUGUCGACACUCUAAAGUUAGUCAGAGGAUGAAGGGUUAGCUAAUACUUAAAUAGUCUGGUUGCCAACUGUUUACUCAUCCAAAAAGUAGUAGAUUUGGCCACUUCCACACAACUUGCUAAUUUCAGUGAUAGGAUGAAUAAAGAUUUCCAUGCUGUCGUGUUAAAACGACUCUGUACGGUCAAAUGUGUCUUUAGAAUAAAAAAUCUAAUCAAGUUGAACUAUAAAGGUAGGGCAGACUGCACUUAAUCUACUGGAUAUAAAAAAAAAAACUAAUUCAGGAGAAUUCAGAAUAAAUCACAACUUAAUAUUUUAUUUGUCAGGUAAAAUUGUAUUUUGCCAAUUACAUAAUAAAACAAUCAGAAAGCCAAUUCAGAGAUUAUACUGUAAAAACACAACAUCCAUUGGUCAAAGAUCAAUCAAAAAGUUAGAGAUGCAUUUCUGACUCGAUAAGUAGCUACUGUACGUUGCAGCAUAGAAAUUUCAGAGACUCACUUUCAACGGGGUGUCCUGGCUGCAAGAUCGCAAAGAUAUUUGAGCACAUUUCCUUUAAAUACUCAACUCAGAACAAACAGCCAUAAAUUCAAGACAAUAGAAGCAUCACAGAGACUCUUGCCUGGUGAAUUUGAAGUGUUAAUCAUCUCUUAGGGGCCGAUCACACCAAACGCGGAUUUAUUUUCCAAAAACGCGAGGCGCACCACACUGCCUUUUUUGUUGACAAGAAAAAAGGAGCUCGGUAUGCUUUUCAUUUUGGUUUGAAUGUACCUUUAGAUCUCAGGUUUAACCAAAUUUAGCAUCAAAAUGUUUGCUUAAUUAAUUUGAGGAAAAACAAAUCAUUAAUCUGUUUGCCUUCACUGGUGUUUAUUGUUUUCAUAAUCACACGACUAACAUGAAUUAUAACUUUCUCAUCUGCCUGUUUUCUGACUGCUGAAAUUAAUAACCACUAGAAACUUUUGAAACAAAACACUUGUUUUCUGUUGGCAUGCGGUUUGGCUUCCUUGCAGUUUAACAGAUGGCUGAAGGUGCAAAAAACAUCACUGAAUGUUCACCUGAAUCAAAUCCCCCAACGCCUCACCUGGAAAACAGAACUGAAGAACAUGAGCGGCCCUUUACUUCACCACAACCUACAAGAGAAGUAAUUCUGAAUCAGCGUAGACAGAAAUGUGAGCUCAAACGACUGCUAAAACACACCUGUCCAGAGUUAAAAAAUGUAGACAGCUUGGUAGAAGAAGAGUUGGCUGAUAUUCUCAACAUCAACCCAGCCACAGACAGUGGAUUCCAGAGUGACGUCCAUUCCAGGUGCUGGAUGUUUGAGAAGCAUGAAAACAGUUCAGAGGAUUCGCUUGAUCAAAAUCUACAUGUGAAUAAAGAUUUUCAAGAGGGUGACUUUAAGAGAACUGUUUGCAUGUUUGAACAGCCGACGUCUAACCCCCUCAAUGAAGAAAACAAGCCUCAACUCGAUGAAUCAGAGGAGGUGACACCAGAGCAAAGCAUCAGGGUGGAUGUGAAAGCCACACGUAGGAUGUUUGAAACUCAAUCAAUUGAUAUUCUGAGGGACAUUCAAAGCCCCUGUCCAAGAAAAAAUGAAGACAAAUGUGGAUUGGAUCAGAAACCAAAACACGUUUCUGAGACUAAUGGAAAAGAAACACCAGGCAUUCACCACAAACCUGAUAUCAUAGACGCAAAUGAGGUAUUUGCAGGUAUAUCGAGAGCCAAACAAGUUUUUGAAAAUAUAUCACAUGACAAGGAGAACAUUCCACCAACAAACAACAGCAUUACCCAAGAGGAAGAAAUGUUGAAGGCAAACGUGCGAAACAGAGCUCAGAUGUUUGAAUCAACUCCUCUUGAUAAGAUCAAUCUCCAAACCAAAGAAGAAUCAGAAACCAUUCUGGAGGAUAUGCAAGAAACUCUGCUUUCUUUAUGCAACUUCAGUAUUAUUCAUUCAGAUGGAUCUAUCCUUGAAGCUAACGAAUCUGGCCACGUAAAAAAAGCAAGAUAUCACUUCAUAGAAGACACGAGAGCAGUGAUUAAUGAAGAAGAAAUAGUAACUGGAAGCAUAAAGAGCAUUAUGCUUCAGAUGCUACCAGGAACUAACUUUAACCCAACGGUGACCUUCUUAAAAGAAGACAGCCAAGGCAAUGUGGAGAUUCUGAAAGUAGACGUUCCCAUUCACCAACUUCCGUUCACUCAAGAUAAGGAGUGCAGAACUGCAAAUGUGGUUCAGAUUACUGAAGAUCUACUUGGUCAAGAGGAAUCCCUCAGGAAAGGAGUCUUAAUACAAGACGGUGCCACAGGAAUUGGAGAAAUAACAGUUUAUGCUCUUUUUAUCCAUAGUAAAGGUAGUACAGGGCUUAUGGGGUUUGGUAAAAUUGAGGGUAGAUCCAUUUCCUCAAGUCUAAGUAACGGUCCAGCAUCUAAAAAGAUUAACCUCAAACAAGAUGUUAAUUCAUCUGAAAGUGCUUUAGUAGUAGAAACAGGCAAAACCAGUAAUGUGCAACUAAUCCAGGGUUCUGUUAAGAAAGAAGAGCCUAAUCACCAGGAAACAGAAAUAAGUGAGUCUACUGGGCAAUCAGAGAAAACAGGACCAUGCAAUGUUAACAAUAUCAAAUCCCUUUUAAGUACCAGUACAGAUCAAGAUGAAAAUAAGUCAAAAGUAGCACCAGCUGAAAUGUUGUUAGAUAAUAAAACAAAUACAGAAGAAAUGAACCAAUUUAACAAUCUUAAAAAUGACGGUAUUCUCCAAGAUCAGGGUAUCUAUGAGGAUGGAGCUGUUCUUCAGGCAGAAUUGGUUGAUGUUGUGGAAGAUGAUGAGUUGGUGAAUCUACAAACAGCCAUUAAGAAUCUUCAUCAGGCCACAAUGGAAGCAAAAGCUCUUCAGCAGAGUGUACAAGCAAAACAGUCUUCUCAAACAAAGCAAAACCAACAAAUCUGUGAUCCUGGUUCAGAGAACCAGGAGUUUACACAAUAUACUAAAACAAAUGAGAAUGGAGAGCUCUCACAGAUUUCCAAAAACGAAGAGGAAGAAUCCGAUAAAGAGGAGGUCAUGAGAGGUAGCAUACAGGCAGCUCUUGAUUCCUUGGGAAAAUCUAACUUUAAUGUCACUAAGGGUGAUUUCAGAGCAGCAAUGAUUUAUAGGAACUCUGGUAAAGGAUAUGCAGGACACAAAAAGAUAGAUGUAGAACUCUCAAGUAACAAGACAAAGGACAAUAUCUCAUUAACAUCACCUCCUGUUCCACCAAUUGAACAGGAGCAGUCACCUGGUGAAGGACAUGUCACAACCCCUUGUGAAAACAAACCUAUGACAUGUUCUCCCUUACAAGUCUCUAUAGAUACAGCUCCUAAAAAUCCUAAAACCCCUCGAGGACCCAAGCCAGCUCUUCCACCUAAACCAGAUCAUUUAAAAAUAAAGCCAAACUCUCCUGGUACUCAAUCUGACCUAGACCAUCACAAACAACCAGCAAACGCCCGGCAAACAAGUCCCUCAAAGCCACCAACUGAGCAGAUUAAAGAACCUUCAUCUCCCAAGCCAAACCCAGACUCAACAUCUCAUAAAGAUGUAAACUUCCAAAGUGUACAGAAUACUGAUUCCAAUAAUCACAAACCUGGUGAUACCUCAGUAAGUAAUACUGAAAGUCCUGAAGAAAAAACUCUGCAAGAAACUCCAAAGAGUUCCCCGGAAUGCACUGCCAGUGAAUCUUCCACAGGAUUUCAUGCUACUCUUCAAAACUUCAGGGUGAAGCCAAGUGGUUCAGUGCCUCCAGUGAAACCUAAACGAAUCAAAAUGGCAAAGGAAAAUGCAAUGAACAUUGCAGUAAACUCCACAGCUUUGGAAACUGAAACGGCACAAGGAAUCCCUUCUUCUCAAGACAAUGGUGAGACUUCUAAAAUAGACAGCAGCAAACAUGAAGAAAUAAGUGAUGAUCAACAAGUUGAUAAAGUGGUCAGAAGGGAAAAGAAGAUGAGAGGAGAGACUGAGGAUGAGCGAAGGCAGAGACUCUCUGUGCAUAUGGAUGAAAUCAUGAAAGGAAAUGUACCGGCUGUCAUGGAGAUCUUUGAUAAGCUGAAGCAGCAAGAAGAAUUGAAAAGCAUACUCUCGAAAGUGGAGGAAAUUGAGGAGGACACUCACAAAGUAGAUGUGAGCUCACUCAGAAACAUUUUCGAGAAUGUACCAGAUUGGGUAGUUCCUCAAGAACAGCCAAAAAUUACCAUACCAGAAGACUUAGAAUCACUAAGUGAACCAGAGACAAUGACUUCAAUGGAGGUGGCUUUUGGAGAUCUAGAGAAAGCUGGUGCAGAUAUCAUUCGUUUAAAAGACCAGACUCUCGAAAGACUCAUGGAUAUAGAGGAGGCUAUAAAAAAGGCUCUUUACUCUGUAUCAACCCUGAAAUCUGAUUCAGACAUUGUAGGGCUUUCUGGUCUUUUCAGGGAGUCCAUGGUGGCCGUACAAGGUUCACCUCCAUCAGGAAAUAUCAGAAAAAUCAGCAUUGGCUCAAGCAAAUCUCCAAAAGCAUUGAAACAGAUUGGAAGAAGUCAACAGUCAAUAGUGCAGAAAAAGCCAGAGCUUAUUAUUCCUACAACCAAACCAAGAUCAGCUUCACCAGGGUCUCCUUCGUUUAUUUCUAUUCAGUCUGCAGCAAGGAAACCUUCAGAGCUGCCAUCGCCUUUAAAAGAAGACCCCAAAGAAAGGCCUACACCUCAGUGUUGCUGUAGUGUUCCUUCAGACCGCAGGCAAUGUUCUGUUACAAAGAGUCCAUCUACCAACCCUGCAAAUCCACAACGGCAGGUCAGUGUGCUGGAAGUGAAAACAAUGCCUGAAGGAGAGAGAGUUAUCGGGACAAAAACCAUCAAAGAGAACUAUGAGAGGACCGACUCCUUUGGCAACAAGUUCUAUUCCUCAAAAACCUCCACAGUCGUGACAACCCAACCUGAAACCAGGACAACGUCCAGAAAGCUGAUCAUGAGCAAUCCAACCAUGUCAGAAAUUGUCACAUAUCCAAGAAUCAACACACCGCUAAUUAGAGAGGACCAUCCACCACUGUAAAUUUGGAACAUUUUUGAUUGUCUUAUAUUAAAUAUUUAAUAAUAUAAGAGUUUAUUCAUUUAAAUCUAACUGCUUUUGUACUUUUUAGCUUGGUUAUGUUUUGUAGGUUACUUUAUUUUUCCUAUUUAAGGUCAUUGAUGUUAUUUUAGUUUUUGUUGUUGUUUUCUCUUCUGUGCUGUAAUAUUUUAAAAAACUAUUAUUUAUGUUGUGUGUUGACAUUUCUGUUAAUAAAUUAUCAUUAGAAGUUGUGCCAUAUUUGUCAAUAAAAAAUAAACUUGU